UAGUAACCGCAUGAAAGGGUCCGUUUCGUGACUCGGGUUCCAUUCCAGAGUCACACCUCCCGAGUUCGGACCGAGUCGGUCCUUUUUUUUUUUCUUUCUUGUAGUAAGAGAAAAGGAAAAGAGUGUGUGAUAGAAAGAGAGAGAGAGAGAGGGUGAUGAGAGGCAGCUUACCGGUUAACCGUCGAACGGUUUUCAAGUUACGUCAAGUUGGGAUCGCGACGCUUGGAUCGGUGAAGAUCAGGAUCCUUCUCUGCGGUUGCGUCGCGUUAACUCUACUCGCGGUCUCGAACCGUAACCGCGACAGUUCUUCCUUUAUGGGAUGGACCGGUGACGGUGAUUCGCUCCACAGCUCAUCUUCUCCACGGGGAAGAUAUGCAAUUGUAAUGAACACUUGGAAAAGAUAUGAUCUCUUGAAGAAGUCCAUUUCUCACUAUGCGUCAUGUCCUAGGCUCGAGUCUAUACAUAUUGUGUGGAGUGAGCCUGAUCCGCCAUCGGAUUCUCUUAAAAGAUUUCUUAACCAUGUGGUACAGUUGAACACAAGAAAUGGUCGCCGAGUUGAGUUGGUAUUUGAUAUCAAUAAGGAAGAUAGCUUGAACAACAGAUUUAAAGAAAUUAAGGAUUUGAAGACGGAUGCUGUUUUUUCGAUUGAUGAUGAUGUUAUAUUUCCUUGCUCUUCAGUAGAAUUUGCUUUCACUGUUUGGCAAAGUGCCCCAGAUACAAUGGUGGGAUAUGUGCCCCGUAUGCAUUGGGUGGAUGAAACGAAAGGCAAGGAUAAUUACAUAUAUGGUGGAUGGUGGUCUGUUUGGUGGACUGGUUCAUAUAGUAUGAUCCUCUCAAAGGCUGCCUUCUUCCACAAAAAAUAUCUCAAACUUUACACUGAUGAGAUGCCUGCAUCAAUUAAAGAAUACAUAACCAGGAACAGGAAUUGUGAAGAUAUUGCAAUGUCAUUUCUUGUUGCAAAUGCAACAGGUGCUCCUCCCAUAUGGGUGAAAGGUAAAAUAUUUGAGAUUGGUUCAACUGGAAUUAGCAGCUUGGGAGGUCAUAGUAAUAGGAGAACUCAAUGUGUUAACAAAUUUGUCGCUGAGUUUGGUCGAAUGCCCUUAAUAUCUACUUCUAUGAAGGCUGUCGAUAGCCGGAAUGUCUGGCUUUGGUGAUGCUGAGAUUCUACUGCAUUUCGAUCUCGAAAUUUCCACUCUUUUAGCACAGUAAGCAGUUGAGAUAUUCCUACUCUUUUUUCUUUUUUUUUGUCUUGAGUUGUAUAAUAUUGAAAAUAGCUUAUAUGUUUUGGGGAUACAGCUUUUUUGGCCCUGCGGCUCUUGGAGCCUGGUUUUCUUGUACUCUUAACAACGAUGGCGGUCGCCAUUCGAGAUUACUGCUUGAAGCCUUUUUUGGUCUCUGGUUCUGGAGAUCUAAUGAGAUGUUCUUCGCAUUCCUAUUA